CUUUCCCCAGGGCCAACCCGACUAGUCCCGCAGCGCAGUCGGCUUCUGUUGAAUUCAAAGGACCUCAUAUACCCACGUAUCCUACUCUUCGCAAACCCCUCCUAACUACCACCUCUCUACUCCGACAAGCGCACAAUGUCCAGUGUCGGCGAUGCAUCGACUGUCGUGGACGGCCACGCGACCAGCGCGAGCUACCGCACACAGAGCAAUGGGAAGCCACGCUUCCACCACGAGGAUCCACCACUGAAGAAGUCGCAGCGCCAGCAGUCGGCGGCAAAUUUCGUUACCGCGGUGGACUACAUGGAGGAGGAUCGCCCGUUCUUUGUCAAGAUCGGCAAGGACGGGCUCAUCGGGGCACUGCAGAAGCUCGAUGGGCAGCUGAGGAAUGCGGGGCGUCCGCAUAUUCUGUCUACGAAGAAACCGACGGACUGGAUUGGCAAGGAAGUCACCCCGGGACAGAUCGGUCUCAUAAAUCACGGUGGUCUGCCCAAAAUCCUCACCCACGCGGGGCGGUACCCUGGCAUGCCGCUUCGCAACUGGUGGGCGCGCUCGUGGGCGGGAACCUGCGGCUUGUCAGAUACGGUGAUUGAGUUCAAGGGUCUGACCGUGGUCCAGGUCUCUCAGAACCAAGCUGCGGUCGUGUCGGACCCGCAGAACCACGUGUUCGUGAUAAAGAAUUCGGGCUUUGUGGCGUAUGCGAUCGAGGGGACGUACAACGUGCUGUCCAUUGUGGACCAGACGCACCUGCCGACUAUGAUCAAGGACAGGAUCACUGGCGUCGUUCUCGGAUGGAGCCACGAAGUGACAAUGAAGAGCAGGACGGGGGCUGGGUCUAAUCAGGACUACGUCGUGGCGCUCUUCCUGAACAUUCCGGCAAACAACUGUGCAAUCUUGCAGAAGGGAGAUGACCUCGAACUUCUACCGGCCGGACAGCACUACAUCACAACGCCGAAUGUGACGCUCCGCGGGCUGUUCACUCUCGGCGAGAAUCAGCUAGAGAUGCCGACCAAGGAUAUCUUCACCCGGGACCAGGUCCCCGUCAGCUUGACAAUUUAUCUGAAAUGGCAAUUGACAGAGCCACUCAAGCUGACGACGCACGGUUACAACACGCCCUACGACGCGCUCCGGGACAAGACGCAGUCUAUCCUCACGCAGAUCGUUGCCCACUUGGACUAUAGUUCGAUGGUCAAGCAGCGCUCGAUCGGUCCGGAUAACAUGGACGACGGCACCGAUGCUUCUUCCGCGUUCCUCGAUGCGCUCCGGACCCGCGCCAUGGAUGACUUGCACGCCGCAGCGCUGGAGUACGGUAUCAUCAUGAAGGAUCUCGCGGUUAUUGAUAGGCAGUUCAAGGGCGACAUCGCGCAGACCAUGGACAAGCUCACCACUCGUGCACUCCAGGCACAAGUGGAGGCUGCUAAUGUCGAUCGGGAGAACAGCAACAAGAUCAAGCAGGAGGAAGGCACCCUCGCCGUCGCGCGCGUUAAGGCCCAAGUCCAGAACACCAAGGCUGACGCGGAGGCGUACAGCGUCGUCAAAGCCGCGGAGGCCCAGGCGCAGAAGACGCAGAUCGACGCCGAGGCCCAGGCGAAGGCGACGCGCCUGGCUGCCGAGGCGGAGGCAGAGGCGAUCCGCCUGCGCGCCGUCGCCGACGCCGCCGUCAUCGACCACUUCGCACGCGAGAUGGAGCUCCGGAGGACGGAGGUCAGGCGCGUGUCCGCGUUUGGGGACAAGGCGGUGUUCGUGCCUACGGAGGGCCUCGGGUCGAUGCUGGGUAGCUCGAUGGCGCUGGGUCUCGCGGCUGGGCUGGGGGCCGAUGGAAGGAAGGCGGGAUGAGGGGACGGGUGUAUGAAGUAUGUUUGUGAUGGACGUCAGGUUUGAUUACAUUUGGAUUGGUGAGUUACUGUGCUAUUAUGUUAUGCGCUCGGCCAUGGGCUCGCCCCGAUCACUCUCGUUUAUUGUAUUUCAUGCGAAUACGGACGCUUUCCCACUAACACCUCACUGUACCUGGGAAUGCUGACAAUCUGACCUCCCC